AUGGCAAGUCCAUGGCGUGUACAGCCCAUUACAUCACCCGCGUUUCUUGACACUUCACCUGCUCUUGUACAAUCCUCGACUACAAUCAAACGUGCAGACUUUGUUCCAGCAGUUGCUAUUGCGAUGUUCUUACUCCAUUGUCUCAAACAGCAUUCGCAACCUUGUCACUCUACUACAACACACGCUCUUGCAUACUCCUCUGCCACGACUACCAUAGCAGCAUUCCUUCCACCAGUUGCUAUUAUCAAGGUCUUUGGUCCAUUGUCUCAAAACAGCGUUCUUUACUUGCAGCAACUUGCCUUACAGUCUUUUUUACGUGAACAACAGAUACCCAUUGAAUAG